AUUUCCUGCGGCCAACCUUCACCCACCAAGAGCAAAGAAACUCUCCACCUUCCCUCUCCAUUGUUGAAGAAAGCUCCAACAAGAAGGAAGCUCUAGGAAAAAGUUUAAGUUCCAAAAGUGUACAAAACUUGAGGAAAGGCUAGGAACUUGAUUUAGAGUAUCUUUGAGCUUCGCCGGAGUUUCGCCGGAGUUGGUCAAAGUUGGCCGGAGUUGGUCAAAGUUCGUCAAAGUUCAAUCGGGAAACGUAGAUCGCGCCUAAGCUCACUUAAGUUUCAGGUAGAACUUGAAGGUUGCUACCAGUGCCGUUGCUUCGGGAGAAUUCAGGAGAAGAAGACGUGUGAAAGUGUGAGUCAAUGGAGAAGUAAUGAGGGUAAAGAUCAGCAACGUUGUUGGGAUGGUUUUCCGGAAAUUGCCAUUCCUUUUGUUGGUUUGUUACAUAAAGCCUCCAAGGUCUACACGAUUGAUGCGUAUAAACUGUUUGAGAAAGAAUUUCUACGAGGUAUGUCCCUGAAAUAUGAACUUAGACAUCAACAAGGUUCUUUGAUGUCAUAUUUGGUAUGGAUGCCUCAAAUAGAUAUAUUUUCACAUUGGGUUUCUUUUGAUAUGACAACACAUUUUGUUAAAUGUUCAUGUGAGAAAUUCUCAGAAGUUGGUAUUUUGUGUUGUCAUAUUCUUCGUAUAUAUCAUAUUCACUGUGUAGAAGUUAUACCGGAUUGUUAUGUUCUGAAACGUUGGACGCGUAGUGCAAAGUGUGUUCCAACUGAACAAAUAUAUGCCUCAUCUGGGACUUCUAAUGUUUUACCUUCUGUUUGGAGAAUGCAAAUGCAAAAGAAAUUUCACAAGCUUUUGUGCUCUAGUGAUUCUAAUUCUGCAGCAAGGCAUUUUUGUGAAGAAUCUUUUACAAAGUUGAAAGUGGAUGUUGAAGAGCAAGUUGGAAGUAUUUACUUUUCAGAUAGUGAAUCUUCUACAGCUGGUUUGGGUUCAGCAAUAUCUAAUCCAAAGUCUUCAAGGAAGAAGGGUGAAAGAAAUGUCCGUCGCAAGAGUCUUAUUGAAAUCAAAACAAAUCAAGCUAGAGCAAAGAAGAAGUCACGUCAAGCUAGUACAUCUGAAACUGAUCAAGCAAAUUUGUAGUUUGAUUUUCCAAUAGCUAUGUAGUAAUACUGUUAUAUUCACUAGUUUACUAAUGACUGGUGUCAGGUUUUUUUAUUACUCAACAUUUUUGUGUUGAUGCUCACACCGUAGCUGUAUGUUAAUCAUUUAAAAUUAUGCUUUGGAAUAUUAUAAAUGUUC